AUGUCUCCUCUCACUCCAACUGGAAAAUUCAUGCUUUUGUUGGAUCAAAAUCAAAAUCAAAACCAACAAAUCUUGGUACAAGUCUCCACCUACAUUGAUUAUCCACUAGCUGCCAGGGUCCCGUUCUUGCAAAGACAUGUCAACUCCUUGACACACAUCUCUGUGUCUCCCUUUCGAUUCUUCUGUACUGCUGUCACUCCCAACAGUCCCUACUGCCAAGAAUACUCGGAACAAGGAAUUCCUCUUGGAUUGGAACUUUGGAAGGCUUUGGCAGACAAGGCGCUCCACAGGGACACUUCCACGCUGCAAAUGGUGCUCUACCUGGGAGUAUUCUUCCUUAUUGCCAUUCUCUUUGUCUUUAUGGAAGCAAUGAUCAAGGUACCACUCACCAUUUGGAUUGUACUACUGGGAAUGCAGCGUCUCGUAUUCACCAAAUACAACUCCUUGCGCAAACAAGAACAGCUAAACAGCGCUCGCAAGAAUGCCACCAACAAGGUCAAGAAUGCCACCAAGGGGGGAGCCGCGAAACUCAAGUUUGUCUAA